AUGGAGGCGCAGCGCCGAGCCAUGCAGCAGGCUCAGGAGCUGCAAGCCUACAUGAAAGAUCUCCUCAAGUGGGAGAAAGACGUGGAGGUCAAACCAAGGGGCUUGAGGGAGGAGGGAAACGAGCAUUUCAGGAAGGGACGCCUGAACGAGGCUGCGGCCAGCUACACCACCAGCCUCAAGCUGAAGCCCACGCCAGCCGCCUUUGCCAAUCGAGCUGCUGUAUAUCUGAAGAGGAGGGAGUGGGACCGAGCAGAGGCAGACUGCAGCGCUUGCCUGGAGCUGGAUGCCGGGUUUGUCAAGGCGUACCAUCGCAGGGCCACGGCGCGAGAGGCCCUGGGGGACAUGCACGGCGCAGCGGCAGACUUUGAGCGGGUCUUCUGCCAUGACCCCUCGUCCACCCAAGCCGUGGAAAGCAGGGCCCGCUGCCUGCGCGCGUUCCUGGAUUCCCAGCCGUUGAAUGGGGCGCCGAGUCCCGGCAGUCAGGGCCCUAGUGGGCCUCUUCAAGUUUCCGUGUCCCUGGAGGCCUGCGAACCAGGCCCCAGCCCAGGUGUCAGCCUGCUACUGGAGCAGGAGGCCGGCGGCAGCGCGGCCGCUCUGGGGGUGGAGUUUGAGAGGGCAUGGCGUGGCUCCAAGCGCGAUCCCCCGGCGCAGGCCGCCCUGCUCUGCGCCAUACCCCCUGCCCGCCUGCCGCACCUGCUGACUCACGUCCUGAACCCUGAGCUGCUGGCCGAGGUCGCGAUGCGCGUGCUGGAGAGCGUGGCGCGCAGGCAGCCCUCGCUCGCCCUGGACCUGCUGCGGGCGCUGCGCUGCGUUCCCCGCUUUCCCAUGCUGGCCAUGGGUCUGGCGCCGCGGCAGUGUGCCGCGCUGCGGAACGCCUGGGACGGCUGUGGCGGCCUGCCCGGGGCCGAGCCGGAGCUGCUGAAGGCUUUUGGUCUGCAGUGA